UUGUUGUGCAGUUCCAUUUCCAUUACAGCAUUCAGUGAAAGUGGAAGAAGAGCAGAACGGAGCGCAUUCCAUAAAAAUAAGCAUAACAGUAACAAUUAGGUUCCCUCCAUUUACACUUUACACACACACACUCACCCACUGAGAAGUAAACAAAUUGAUAUUGUAUAGCUCUUUUCUCUGUUUGCGUGCUAAUAAUAGCGCUCGUGGCCAAAAUCAAUGGGGCCACUCUGAACGCCAGCAAUUAUCAGUACCAAGUGGAGGAGGAAGGAACGCCAGUCGAUCCCCAGAUCGUGCAAAUAUUGCUCAGAGAUUCGGAUAUGGUGAAGGUAUGGGGCACAAAUCUGACCGCCAUCACUUGGGCCCAUGCGGUCAACAGUCAACAGCUGCUGGACGAGGUUCUAACAGAAACAGGUAACAUUGACUUCAUCGAGGCGGACAUCGUUCUGGGCAAACUGAAUGGCGAGGGCGAGGAUAUGCCCGUAAUGGCCCAUCCGCCGGCCGUAAUUUCCGAUCUCACCCUGGCGGAUUUCUUAUAUCAGAUCAUGGAGUUCAACCGAGGUCACCAGGGUCAGGAAAAGGGCGUCAAGCUUGACUUUAAGUCGAUAGAAGUAUUCGAGGGCUCCCUGGAUAUUCUGGACGAAAAUAUUCCAAACAUGACCUACCCCAUUUGGAUAAACGCCGACAUCCUGAGUGGUCCAGUGGAGCAGAACAAAACGGUGCCCGUGGAUGCGGAUCGCUUCUUUGCCGGCUGCAUGCGCUACAAACAGGCGGCGCUCUCUAUCGGCUGGACAACCAAUUGGGGCGCCGACUUCCGGGAGGGCGAGUACACGCAGGACCAGUGUGAGGCCAUGUUGGAAACGCUGACCGCCAACAAUGUCCUGUCCACCGGCCAAGCGAUCACAUUUCCCGUGCGAGCCGGAAUAGCUGCCAACAGCGAGGAGCAACUGCAUCGACUGGUGGCCGCCGUCAACGAAACGAACGAGAGCACCCUGACCAUCUGGUCGUCCGACGGCGACUACGUGGAUGUGGCCAAGCUGCGCAAACUGAUCUUUGGCUUCGGGGUGGAGCGAGUCUAUCUGGACGUUCCAGAGGAGCUGGCCUCGCAACUGGAUCUGGGAAAUACCGGCAGUGGAGCCGGAACCUUCAAGUCCCUGUUUGGUUUCAGUUUCGUAAGCCUUUGCUUCUGGGCAUUUUCCAGCUGGCUGCAGCGGAUACAAUAGUUUUUACUAGGUGAUUAAAGUAGGUACGAUUGUCAAUGGAAAGUAACAAUAAACAGUUUUUAGAAAUGGGUUUUACUUUAA